GCCUUACCCCCCCUUAAUGUGACAUAAGAUGGCAGCCCCCAUGGGGAUCUCACAGCUGUCCCCGCUCAAAGUAGACGGUCGUGCACCAAGGAAUCAUUUUUAGAUACUCUCAGGACUGUCUGUGUUGUGUGAUAUGUGAAAGUGGCUAUGUUCACGGCGCCCUGAACGUAGUUGGCAAGCUACGUUCACAGCGCCCUGAAUGCAGUUUGCAGGUGCUGUUGAGGUUACGUUCACAGCACUCAAGGAGUCAGUGACGACAGUGAGUAUGAGGUACGGCUUGAAUUGGAACGAGAAAGUCAGUCAUGGUUUAUUAAUAUCCUGAUCAGAACAUUUUCGAGAUGGGAAUUAUUAAAAAGUUACUUGGAGGCCUGUCCUUGGUUGGCGUGUCCGGCCUGGGCUACCUAGCGGUGGAUGUGAACCGUUAUCGUGUGUACCCUGACCAAACGUUAGGGGAUGCGGCCAGGCACUAUACAUCUGUGCGUAGCCUCACUUUCCUCGGUGGUAUUAUGAGGAGCAAGUUGGAGGAUGCAACGCUGGAUGUCAAGAAAGCUCAAAGAGAGUUUCUCUUCCAGCAAAUCCUGGACAACAUUGACACAGAAUACAGCAAAGAGUUCAAAUUAGAUCAAGUGAAAUCGGUCAAAGACUUUUUGCAAAGACAUCCUCUGACGCGCUAUGAUCACUAUUCGCGUUACGUGAGUCGCAUGCUCAGCGGAGAGAAGAACGUGAUGACAGCGAAAGAUCCGUCCGUGUUUGCUGUGACCUCGGGUACCUCUGGCAACAGCAACAUCAUCCCUAUGCUGAUGAAGCAGACGAAAAUAUUUUUCCUCGAGGGUAUCUCGGUGCUAUACAGAUGUAUGGUGGAGGCGUACCCAGACACCAAGCUGCUGAACAAAGACUUUAAGAUCUUCUUCUCUCCCAGCUGGAGAUAUUCCAUCACGGAAAUCCCCAUAGGCCCUAACUCCGCUUCCCCGGAAAGAUCGAAAGGACUUCUCCACAUCUACACCACCCCUCCCCCUGCUUACAAAGUGAAAUCUGAACCGGAGGCCUUGUACUUUUACCUCCUGUUUGCUCUGUUGGAUCCCCAUGUCGGGAUGAUCGAGGCCAACUUUGCUUCCAUUAUCUUCAACACUUUCGCUGCCCUCGAGAACCACUUUGAGCAGCUCACCCAGGACAUCGAAACAGGAAGUCUCAACCCGGACUUGAACAUUGACCCGGAAAUCCGAGAAGAACUUGAGCAGCUUUUGAAGCCGAACCCGACAAGAGCGAAGGAAGUACGAGAAGCCAUGAGAAGCGGCCGAGAAGGACUGGCUCUUAGGCUGUGGCCGGAGCUGCACAUGAUCCUCGGAGCAGACACAGGGACCUUUGAGCUGUACGGGGAUAAGCUGCGUAGUGGCUACUGCAAAGGAGUUCCGCUGUACUCUCCCAUCUACGCGGCAUCUGAGGGUCUGCUAGGUGUGAACAUCUGGCCUGGUGUGCUGCCAUCACGCUACCUACUACACCCGCGCACACAGUUUUUCGAGUUUAUACCCGACUACCUCAUGGAUGAAGACCAGCCUCACACAAAGCUCAUGCAUCAGGUUCAGGAGGGCCAGACCUACGAGCUGGUCAUCACCAACCCCAGCUGCCUGUACCGGUACCGUUUCGGGGACGUGAUCAAAGUUGUGGGCUUCCACAAUCAGUGCCCUAUUGUGGAGUUUAAGUACAGAAAAGGCCAAUUCCUGAAUGUGCGAGGAGAGAAGGUCUCGGAGUCCAUGUUCUACGAGGUGCUCAAGGGAACCAUCACCAAGGUGUGGUCCAACGUGAAGCUUGUGGACUACUGCUGUAUGGAGAGCGUUAUUCUCGACCAGAUGGACGUGCCCAAAGGUUUUAAGACCUCUCAGCCAUGUUACCAUGUGUUCUUGGAACUGGAGGGAUUAGACAGUACCAAGGUCAAAAAGAUUUCAUCCAGUCAGAAGAAGAUGCUGGACGACUCGAUGAUGGUCCACUCGUACCCGUACUCGUCGUUCCGCCACAAGGGCAGCAUCUCUCCCAUGCAAGUGCACCUGGUGACCCCCGGCUCCUUCAUGGAACUGCGUCGGUUCAUGCUGCAGGACAGCCCGGCCGCCUCCAACCAGUACAAAGUGCCUCGUGUCCUCCGACGACAGGAAGCUGUGCAGUUCAUGCUCAAGCAUGUCAUUGGCUGAAUGUCAUUGGUUGAUACACAUCGUUGGCUGAAAAACUUCAUUGGUUGAGGCAUGUUGUGGUUGAAACGCGUCACUGGCUAAAAACACAUCAUUGGCUGAAGAAGCUUGUCGUUGUUUGAAACGCGGUAUUGAUUGAACUUCAUCAUUGGUUGAAGCACAUCGUUGGUUGAAACACAUUAUUGAUUGACACAAGUGAUUGGUUAAAACUCGUUGUUGGUUGAAAUACAUCACUGGCUGAAGCAUGUUAUUGAUUGAAACACAUCAUUGGUUGAAACCUGUCAAUAGUUGAACUGCAUCAUUGGUCGCAGCACAUCUUUGGCUGAGUGGUACAGGAAAAGCAUGUCAUUGGCUGAUUGGUACAGCCCUUUUGACAGUAACUUCAUAAAGUUGUAUUAAGUUGUGUGUGCUUUCCCAACCAGGCUUUAUUAAUGCAUUCUGUCUGGGGUUGUUUUUUUCUGGUUAAUAAUGCCACAGCUCGCCAACAACAUUUUUUAUGAGAUAAAUUUGCUUCUGGGGUGAGGAUGUUUGGGUUAUUUUGUGUAGGCAAAAACAUGAGCAGCAGCCUGAAGCAUCUGACAUUUACUGCUACCUGUCGUGGCAUGUGCUGUUCAGACAAAAGCCAAUUCCAUCAAGGCUUCUGAGUGAUAUUCAUCUUUUGUCUCUGUUCAGUAAUAAUUACUAAUAUACAUGUGUUCGUGAAAUUAAGAAAGACUGGACAUAAAAUGGUAUGCAGUGAAAAUUAGAAAUUUACAAAGUGGAUAUAUUUUAUUCAGUUGUUCGCUGGUUAUAUGUUGAGAUGUUUUAAGUUGAGUCAGGUGGUGGGUUGUCUGUUUGUCAUUCCAUGUGAUGCUCAAUCUACUUGAUCCUCGAGACGACAGUGUGCUGCCGUUGUGACACCUACUAGUUUUAGGGACUUGUUUACCUCAGGAUGGGUUUUUCGUGGACCUGGUUUUCACAAAUUUUCAGAAUUAAAGUUUUCAGGCGAAAUAAUAAUUUUAAUGACAGGAUCAUCAGGAGUUGGCAAGAAUUGCAUGCUUGUUUUUUACUGUCUCAGGUAUUCUUGUGAUAUCAUUAUCAGUUUUACUAAUACAGCGUAGUGUUAGUUUAUUGACAGAAUGGUAUAAGAUCCUUUUUGUGCCAACUUUUUUUAACCAUUAACCCUUGACUGCUAACCACAUAUGCACCUCACAUGCUCAGGAAAAUUCUACUGUGCACAAGACAUCACUGGUCACUAUCUUUAAUUGAUGUUUGUUCUCUUUUAAUAAGAGACGGAUCGGUACAACUGUAUCAACAGAAAGAGAAAUGAAGAGAUAAAUUCAUCCAUUGACCAGACCUGCGUAUACCAAACCAUAAAACACAGGCUUUAGCUGCCAGAGGAGAUACGCUUGCACAGCACUGGGCGGCGGAUUAUCGAGACGUGUGAGAUGUGGGAUACAUUUACAGUGCAGUCAUGGGGUUAACUGUUAGAUUAGAGUCUUCAAUAAAUAAAAGAAUAAAAAUAUAUGUGCUUAAGCAUAGUCUGUUAUCAUAAUAAGAAGUUACUUGAAUGCUCAUAUAGGAUGGGUCCAGGGGGAUUCUGUUCCAUUCCUCUCUCUAGAUACAGCUGAAGUGUGUCAUGAUUUGUGCUUCAAGUCAGAAGCUGAUUUCGUUGUUCUCCUGACUUUUCCUAACAGCUUUCUCUUUCAGAGUGUUUUUUGUUUUGCAUUUGGCUUUUCCUUCCCUUGAUUUCCGCAUUUUGUUCCGUUUUGUCCUCUUUGCAGCCAAAUGUUUGUUCUAGUUGUUUUCUUUCUCCUCCUCGAAUUGACUGAACAAUGAUAUUGUUUACUUUCUGUUUGCUGGGACAUCAUAAUCCUCAGUUAGGUUUGGACCUGAUAGGCAAAGUGGAAGCUGACGAUUACAUUUUUAUUUUUAGCGAUCUGAUAUGAGGCGUAUUAGUGCACCUAAGACUAUCAUCUAGCGCCUUGUUCCCAUUUUCCUUUGCUUUUUGUUUCAGUACUCUUUCAUGUCUUUUUGUCUUAAAAUGUGAACAGCUUAUCUGAAGUUGUGGCAGAAGGCUUCUUUUUGUAACUUAAAAGAAUAGACCAGGUGCUUUGUCAUAUUUUACAGUAUAGAUGAGAGUGUUGAUCCCAUACCAUACCGAACCUUUACACCUUAACGUACCAUACUGCAGCCCACUAUACCAUACAAUGCCUCAUUGACCAGAGUUACAUUAAAUUGCUGUUCAAUCCAUACUGCAGGACAGGAGGAAAUAAGUUCUGAAUGAAUUCAUGUUUACUCCCAUGUUGCCAAAUUAAUUUGUUAGUUUAGGACUUUCAUGUGAACCAAAGAAAAUUAUAAAUCAGAUUUUCCUAGAGGUACAGAGAAUUUGAGAGCUUAAGAAAUAAAAGCCACACUAUAUAUUUUGCUUUAUCUAGUUACAUGAAGUAACUUGAGUUCAGAUGUCUAUGUGAGAUGGAUGUCACAAUGUUUCUGUGAUCAUCUGAUGAACAAAAUAUUGAAAGCUUGAAAAUGCCAUUGAUGUAGCACUCAGCACAGUUUUUUUCUUUGUAUUAGGUCUAGUUUAUUCCCUUAUAUAUUAAAGACUACAAAUUAUCCCACCUACUUUGUAUGCUGUAGAUUUUAGGAUAUUGAAUGCUAGCUACUCUGACAACAAAAAAUAAAAAGAAACUAGGGAAUCCUAGCCAAUAGAGCUUUCUUGAUGUUGCAGCUUUCUACAUAAAUCAUAAAUAAUUAAACACACUCUAGAACCCCCCCCCCCCCCCCCAUUUUCAAAUGCAUGUUCCCUUAGACACUGAAUACUGAAAUAUCCAUUUCUGUCAUGACAUGUGCACAUGGAAUCUUGGAUGUGUGAAAGUCUGUUAUCUCAUCUGUGAGUGGGCAGGAGUGAUUAUUGUUUAAGUGUAGUAAGUGCUUAAGAAGAGCAAAAAGUGUUGGUUUGGGCUUUACUACCGCUAUGUUUUGAAAGUGAGACAGUGAGAGUUGAAGUUUCUCUUCAAAUCUUUGAUUAUUUGUAUUUCGUUUUGUAUGAUCAUCAGAGUCUGCCAGGUCGGUUUCUUUUAUUUGUUGUAGUUGAUAUUAAAAGGAUGUUCAAUGAAACGAAAGAGUAUUGGGCUUUUUAAAAAAUACUCAUACAUGUCCUUCAAAGGUUUAUAGUAGUUAUUUUAUAUGUGAGAUUAAAGUGAAAUAAAUAUGCAGUCUUUAUCUUCAUGGAAAGUUUCUGACUAGAAGUUUAUGGUAUUGACAGUUUAACAGUUUGAUGACUAUAGUACUGCUUUUUAAUGUUCUUCGUCAAAGCGAAAUAAUUUUUUCAUUCUCUGAGGUGGUCGUGUUUCAUUCCUUGUUCCUUACUGGCUUUAAAGUUAACAUUGUUGAGAUGCGGCUCUAACCCUGUAACUGCCAAAUUAAGUCAAACACUUUUUAUAAAACAAACAAACAAAAACCUGUAAUUUCUUUCUUUUUAUCUUCCAGAAUGGCUCAGAUUUUGGCUAGAGUGUUCUUUUUGCUUAUUAUAUUAUCACCAAUUGUAACAUUACGGUUGCUAAUGGCUUAUAUAAUAUUGAAACAAAAAAAAAUGUUUGACCUGUUUUGCAGAUAUACAUGGUCAGACUUGGGACAUUGACGAUGUUAUUUUUCCUUUGCAGGUUGUGUUCUAAAUUGUGUCUUGUUAUUUUGUGUUUUAUUGGCCUUAGUAUUAUAUCUCCUAUUCUUCUAGUGAGAAAAUUCUGGUCACUGAAGUUGUGUUGAGAAAUUUUCAGCUGCUGUUGAUAUACAUGUACUUCGUUUUGAAAUAAGGCAAUUCCAUGAAAAAUGAAACUACAAUGAAAUACAUAGUGCAGGGAUGAUGAACUGCUGAAAAAAUCUUAAAGCGUUAUAGAGCCGGGGGGUGUCAGAGGAAGUUUGGCGGGUGCUCUGGUGUGGUUUGGCCUUCCUUCAUAUCGAACAUCUAUCACCCUAUCUCCCCUCCUUUUUUUGUAUUAGUUACUCUCUUGCAACUCCUCUAAAUCUUCACCAGCACUUGUAUGGCCUAUGACCUUAUUGUGUUGCAAGUGCAGUAAAACUUUUACUAAAGCUAAAAACUAAGAGGAAGAUUGCCUCUGUCUAAAGAAAAUAAUAAAAAAUGGCUCUAUCAGUGCUUAGAAUUUUUUUUUCAUCAAGUCAUCAUGUCAUGUCUGUGUUGCCUGUGGUGUCUCUUCAGUUUCAUUUUUCUUGGAGUGGCCCAGAUUAUUAUUUUAUGUUCUAUUUGUAGCACACAAUGUAGGUUGUUUCAAGAGGCUGGACCUAUGUGGUAAACGUCCAGUCAGAUAUGGCGGGAUCUCCAUAUCCCUCGUUGUUGUUGUACAGAACACUUUCCCCCUCCACAAUCGUGCAUUCCUUCCCACUGCCUUUAGCUUGUUUGAUUUGUUUUGUUUUUUUGCUUGUUUCUUAUUGCGCUCAGUAGAUUCAUCCUUGUUUUGACAACAUUCUAUUUGUUCUGUUGUGGUUUUAUGGGUUAUCUUCGUCGACAUUUUAAUGUCUAAAAUGGGGUUAUCUUUUUCAACAUUGGAAUGCCUGAAUUUGUAAUGUUUUAUUUUGAUGAUUCAGUGCAUUCAACAUGUUAGCUUUAUAAGCGAUCUUUAAUCAUUUAAGGUGAUCUACAAAUGUGUACAUAUUUAUUAGGAUAUUCAUGUACCUUAGGAUAAAUGUUAUUGAGUUGUGUCAACUUCAAUGAGAUGUGUAGUGCCCCGAGUAAAUGCUACAGUUGUCAGGUCAUGACAUUGUGAGUUGUAAACUCUCUCCCUUUCUUUUAUUAGAAAAAGCCAAAAAUAACCCAUUCUUUUAUUCGUUUCAUGGAUCAAGGAGGUUGGUUCUAAUUAUAGCUAAAAUUGUCCAAGAUGGCUACCCGCUGUCAAGGAAAAUAGUGUUUAUGUAAGACAGGUGAACGUUUUGAACAGUGCCAUUAUAAAUUUUUUUAAUGCAAGAGGGAAUGGUUAUUUGUACAGGUGAUUGUCUUGGACUUGUGGCUGUUAGAACAGGCUCAACUGCAGUUAAAUUCUGUGAGUUCGGAGUUUUUAAUUUACGAACGGAGGUGAUGUUUAGAAACAGAUAAGGAGAUAAAAAUUAUAGCACCCAACAAAAGGUUCACAACCCGUGUAAGGACAGUUUGUACACUGAUACGGAUAAUUCUCUACCCUUUUCAUCAUUUCGAUUACUGACUCGCUGAGGUGGUUUGUAUACUUUGUAUGAAGGCCUACUGUGUGACAUUAUUUUAUGACGUAUUCCAGUACAGCUUUUGAGUUUGUCAAAAUUUACAAUAUAGAAAGGAAUGUAAUGUUAAACUGAUACUUUAAAAGUUCGAAUGGAAGGGAAGCACAUGGAUACAAUGACUGUCAUUUUUUAGUGCUGGGAAAAGAUAAAACAGACAGAUACAAUCAAAGCAGACAUAAUAUAGCGAAGAAGUAGAAAUCCAGCCAGCUGCUAGUUGGUAACUUCAUUGAAACAACAAAGUCGUUGAUCAUUUUGAUUCUAAUCUCUAUGUUGAUAUUUUUUAGUCUGCGAAUACCGCAAACUGCUUGAAAACAGCUGAUGUGGUGUGUUGCAUUCAUGGUUUUUGGUGUUCUUUGAGUGUUAAAUGUAUUUAGGAACUUCCAUUUGUAUUUAUUAUAUAAUAAUGUAUGUCCUCUCUCCCUGUACUGUAUAUAAAUUUCUUAACAAAUGAAAGGGUAUCUGUAGUGUACAGAGCAUGUUGCCAAUGCUGGUGAGAUCCAUCGAAAGCCAUUCGUAUUCUGAUCCAGAAUUGCCAUUCUUUGAGGUUCUUUUAUUAUCCGGUCAUGUUUUUAAGUGUGUAAAAAUUUUGGGGUUUUUUUCACUGUCUUUGGAAGUCAAAUUUCAAUAGAAAUGUGGUGUGACGGUGUAUCCUGUGAUUUGUGGAAAGAAACUCUUGUUUUCUUUUUUUGUUUUCUUUUUAAACAAAAAGAGUUUUGUCUUUUUAAGAAUAUGGUUAUGUCAACUGCGAUUCUCCUCAGACUCAAGGCCACACACAUUCCUCACCCAGUGUCAUUGUGUUUUAGUAUUUGUGUACACAUGUAGCAACACUGCAAAAUGAGUCACAUGUCACAUUCUGACAAUAUAACUCAAUGGAUAUAUUAAUAAUAAUAGUAAUAAUAAUAAUAAUAGAUUGCAUUUAUAUAUAGCGUUCUAUCCCGUACAAGUACAUGUAUAAGCUCUGACCACUUUACAUCCAUGACAUGAUUACUGAGAAUAUGUCUCAAUACACACAAGAAAAAACAUUUCAAAUAAACAAGAAAACCAGUUCAACCACAUAAGGAGGAACUUUCUCAGCCAUGCAUUAAUUAUAUACAAUGUAGUAGGACAGCAGGAUAUCAAAUUGAAUAUCUGUUCCAGCCCCUAAGUGUGGAGGGUAAUACAAAUGUUAUCACUGCUUUGAGUACAAAAUUAUAGAUUGAGGUAGGGAGUCAGAAACACACAGCUUGGAGAAAAUGGAGAUAUUGCCUUUUUUUAUCUUGAAACAACUGAGUGUGACAAAGGACUCAUUUUGUCGCAUUGCUACUCAUUUUGUGUACACAAUUUUACACAUAACACUCAUUCACAUAGAUUUUUCCAAUUUUAUGGAGAAUACUUUUCGUUCCGUGGUCUGAAAUGCAUGCUGUGUUGCUUUUUGCCAAGUGGAUCUACUGUGAUCCUUUAAAAAGUUUUUAGAUUUGUUUGUUGCAUAGUAUGUUAGUUGAGUUUUUCUCAUUUGGCUAACAGUAACACACAACAAUUUAUGUGGACACCCAUGACUCUAGUCACCUUUUCAUAACAUAAACUACAGUCCCUCCCCCCCCUCCCCCCAACCGCCGUUUGCAUUAUUAUACAGUGGAGUCCGCUUAAACCAAAGUCAUCUGAUUUUCUUUGGCUUUGCCAGGUUUUCAGUUUAGAGAGGUUGCCUAGAUUGAAAGGAAAAAAGUGAUUUUACUUUCUUUCAGUUUACUGCUGUUUUUGGAUUAAGCGAAUUUCGUUUAAGUGGACUCCAGUGCUGUAUUCUUAAAAGUUGUUAUAAAUCCGCUAGUUGUCCUAUCAACAAGCCGAUGGUGCCGGUCAUCAGCAGGCCCGGGCAGUGCUAGCUAAUAUUUCCAGAGGAGCAAAAACUUCAUAAAGGAACAAGAAAUGUUGGGUCACCAGGUUUCGUAAGUUUGACUCAUUGAGGUUUUUGCUUUAGUAUAGCUUAAGUGAGAGCUUUACAGCACCCACAACACUGUGAAGUCAUAUAUUAUAUAUGAGCUGAAGAUUAGGUGUCUUAAGAGAGAGUAGCAUACCAUUAGAAGGAGUGAUGAUGACGAUAGAUCUUUGUUUGGGAAAAAAGGAGCAAACCACACCAGAGCGCCCUCCUGCCUCCGAUGUGUUUGAGGGAUAUGAAGUGUUUUUAAUUUUAAACUAGAUAUUGGAACGCCUUAUUGUAGAUCAAAUAAAGAAAAAAAAGGUUUUAAAAAAUUAAAAUCAUGGAAAUUGCUGAUUUGGCCUGUUUGUGCCCGACAACAUUGUUGUAGUGAUACAUGGAAGGUGUCGUCAAUAUUAUGUGCCAUCUUGGGAGUGGCAGCAUCUGUAGGUAUUGUUGUAUUAUUAUAAGUGAACAAAGCAUUUUUCAUAAAAUUAAAUCUUUUUAGUCUAGAUUUUGGCAUCAAGGAGGUGUCAUUUUAAUGGGUUGUGUUCCACAGUGUCUGUCAUUUUCUCCACUUUGACUUUAUUCAGAUUUCAUAUGAAGACUACACUACAAUAAUGAGGAAUUUGCUUCGCACAAUGAUAUCGAGGAAUUUACUUCUAUGUUAUUUCUGAGUGUGACCAUGUUACAAGGUGAAGUGCCUCUCAAAGUUGACCCGUGAUUUAGUCGUUUAUUCAAGUACUCAUUUGUAGAAGUAGACUCUUCAGAAAGAUAUAGAUCUGUCUGGUCCACAUCCCUCCUGUUUGUCUCUCACAGUCUCCAUCAGUGCAGAGGUCUCGUACUUUCCCUCAAGAAGAAAAGGGAAAUUGAUUUUAGUACUCAUCUUGGACUAUAGGCUUGUAUUAAAAUAUCCCUGACUGUGCACUCUGAUGUUUCGCGGUUCACAUUGGAGCACACUGUUUGACACAAUUUGAGCCAAAUGAAAGGCAAAAGGGGAGGUGCCGCAUGCAUUGGACUAUGGGGAGACUGGUGUUUUGCCCUUCAAUGGGGUAUAAUGGCGCAGCCCACUAUGUGUGCACGCUUAGCAGUGAAGUUUUUAUAAACAGCAAAGAGCAGCAGCCAUGACAGUGCCCAGUUUAGCAGAACAAGUCUGUGCCUUGGGCAAAGAGUUGGUAAACUUGACCUUGUUGAUAUUUGUCGCAACUCAAGGAAAGUAAAAAGAAUUACCUUGUUUGGCUUGUGUAUGACAAAAUUCUUUGUUAUGAUGAAUGAAGACUCACCAAUGGAAUGCACUGUGAAGAAGCUUUAAAGGGUUUAAAUCACCUGUUAUCUGAGAGUAAUUUGUACAUGUCUACUUUUGAAGUUUUGUCUUUGAAUAGUCUGAACAAGAUAAAGCUUGUUUGUUAUAGUUUAUGUGACAAUCAGUACUUUCCUAUUUCUUCUUCAGUAAAUGCAUUUUGUCUCUUUGCCUUUAUAUUGUUUCAACUACAAUUCCAUUAAAAAGAAUAAUUCUAUACC